CGGACGCCAUGCAUUGCGCUCGCUGCUUCACCUGCUCGCGGUCCUGCGUGGCCGACUGCCUCCUCACACUUUUGCUGCCCCGUCCGCGCCCCCGGCCCCGCCCCCAUGCCUCGGGCCAACGUGGCCGAGGCCAUGGACGCUCGCGAAUGUAGUAGCAUCCCUCCACGUGCUCGUUCUUGCGAUCUCCUCUACCCCUCCCCCGGCUUCGCGGGCCUUGCUGCUUCUGAGCUCGUCUCGUCGGCCCCUGUUCUAUUUCACCUCGCUCGAGCCCUCUCGCUGCUUUUUCCCCAUUAGGGUUGGUCAGUCGGGUCGCGUCGUGCGCUCCGCUUUUUGCUUCUGCUGGCCCCGCCCUCGCCCUCGAGCUCCUGCACUGACCGGUCGGUUGGAUGGUUGCCGAGAUUAAAUGGCGCAAGCACUCGGGCUCUUGUUUUUUUCCUCGAUCGCGGUCGCCUGCGCACAUUUCGUGCCCGUCCGCCAGUAGAUUAUCUUCCCCCGUUCGCCCGGCGUCGUCGUCCUUCUCCGCCUGCGCUCUGACUGGCCUCGCGCAUCGGACAAUCUGCUGCCAGAAGAUCAGUUCUUAUCCCCUACAUCGUUCUCGCAUUCCGUUAGCCAGCGGUCCGAACCUUCUUUGUCGCCCGCCUCCGGACGCCCGAAGAGUGUUGCUUCUCCCGGCGUGUCCCCGCUCUCAUGGCGUAGUAGCCAAGCACCGAUCGAUCGGGCCGAGGCGUUGCUGCUUCGAUCGCCUCGUGUCGUGUCGAUGCAGGCCGGUCGGUCGGGUUCCCCGCGAUAGCAACGGGGAUUGUUCUCGUGGUUUCUCUCGGAGCCGUGUGCAGGUCGCGAUUUCUGCCCAGGGAUUCCCUCCGGGCUCGGAUGCGCCGAUGCCAUCAUCUUCCCAGUGCGCGAUGCGUCGCUCGAACUGUGUGUCGAUGAGCAGACGGACGCGUUCGCCUGUGCAGGAGGAGAAGCGGGCGUCUUGAGAGUGAAUCAUGCGAGGUCGCGCACUCCACAAUGAGCCUCGGAAAGGACCGGAGAAGAUCAGCGCUUCGUCGAUACCAUAGCCUGUGGUUUGACUUCAGGUUGAACCGGACUUGCAUUUUGCUUCCUCCUCUCCCGCUCAUCUGAUGCUCAGAAUACGCGACGACGGCACCUCGUUUCUGUGUUGUGCAGCAUCGCCGUGUCGUCUUCGUGCUCAGUGGGUUUCCAACUUCAAGCUCAUCCUAGCUAUGGUUACCACGCUCUCACGCUCUCUGGGAAUCAAACGUGCAGCCUAUCCGUCUCCGCGUGGACUCCCAUUCCUGCUGUUCCUGUUCGUGGCAUGCUGCGUUGCGAGGAUCGAAGGAUUGGGCUAUACGAAUUCCAUCGCAGCAUCGUACGGAGAUUUAGGACAGGUUUGUGCAAUUGAGGCGAGUGGUGAGCAGGUCGUCUUAUGCUGGGGGAAAAACAGCAGCCAGGUUGUGCAGGCCAGCUCCACACAGGUUUCUUUCGUGGUGAUCACAGGUGGCGAGGGAUUCGUUUGCGGAUUAAGGACAGGUAGCUAUAAUCCAUACUGCUGGGAAGGCAACUUGUCCACCACGAACAGUCUUCCCGAUGUGUACCAAAAUGUGAGCUACUCGACCAUCGCUGCUGGGGAGCGUCACGUAUGCGCAAUCCGGAGACUGUCAGAAGCGGAACGGCCCGGCGAGGUUGAAUGUUGGGGGGAAGACGAGCGUGGAGAAACAGACCCUCCUCCUUUCCUCAAACUAAAGUCCUUGGUGGCCGGCAGAUGGUUCACUUGUGGCUUAGACGACAGUCACCAUGCUAAAUGCUGGGGAAGUGACGAGUACAGCAUCCGAACGAAAACACCGUCGUGGGAAGAGUUCGACAGCUUGUCCGCGGGGACCAAUCAUGUAUGUGGCAUUCUUAGAUAUACGCAGAAAGUCAAGUGCUGGGGAGAUAAUGGCGCUCAGCAAGCGAAUCCUCCAUCAAAUGUCUCCUUCGUCGCUGUUUCGGCUGGCCUCCAUCAUUCGUGUGGUAUCAAGGCUGACACACAUGAAGUUGUAUGCUGGGGAGCGGCUCACAUCUAUUCAACAGAAGUUAAGUCGGGAACCACUUUUUUGGCUCUCACUUCUGCACCGAAUAUGACUUGUGGAAUCCAAGAGGGCAGUCUUCUGGCUAUGUGUUGGGGAAAUGGGAUCGAGUACAUGCCGCCGCUUGAGCUCUUUUCUCCUGGAGUCUGUGUUUCUAGGGAUUGUCAAGCUGGGGUGGAGUUCUACUUCAACGCGAGUGCCAACAUGAACUUACCUGUCAGCACCGUGGGUACAAUUUGCAGAGACUCGUCCCAGAAAAUUUGUAUUCCCUGCGCUAAAGCUUGCCCUGCCGGUGAGUUCCUCUCGAAGGAGUGCGGUGGUGGUGUCGAUCGCAAGUGCACCGAAUGUGAAUUGUGUCAUUCCACCUCCUGUCAAGAUGCUUGUGCAACCUUUUCUCCUCCUGUCCCCAGCCCGCAACAGCAACUACUUCAAAAUAAUGCGGGCCAUAAAAAAUCUGGAGGCGCGGCUACAAUAAUCGGAGCUGCAGUCACCGGUGGCCUGGUGGUGGCAAUAGUGGGAGCGUUGGCUUUCUGCUUCGUCUAUCGGAAAAGGGUUCGAUACCAUUUUUGGGGAUGUGCAUCGAGGGAAAAGCUUUCUGAGAACGGAGGCAUCACCCCUCCAGAGUCGAAUGCAGGAUCGAAUGGUGGAAUGAGGAGGAAAGGAAAUAACCAUGAAAUAUAUCGGAUGCAAGCUUUUCGGCUGGUGGAGCUCAGGGAAGCAACGAAUGGAUUCAAAGAGCUGAACGAGUUGGGACGAGGUAGCUACGGCUUCGUGUACAAGGCCCUUUUGCAGGACGGGAGGGAGGUGGCCGUGAAGAGAGCCAAUGCCGCGAGGAGAAUUCAGAGCAACAGUCGUGACUUCGAAGCCGAGUUGGAGAUUCUGUGCAAGGUCCAUCACGCGCAUUUGGUCAAUCUAGUGGGCUACUGCGAGGAGAUGGGAGAACGACUUCUCGUGUACGAGUUCAUGCCGCACGGCACUCUUCACGAUCAUCUGCACGGAGGUCUGGCACAGCUCAACUGGAAUCUGCGGUUGAAGGUGGCGGCUCAAGCAGCUCGAGGAAUCGAAUAUUUGCACAAGGACGCAUGUCCUCGAAUAAUUCACCGGGAUAUCAAAUCGUCCAACGUGCUACUGGACGCGGAGUGGGGGGCCAGGGUAGCAGAUUUUGGUUUGGCGCUUCCGGAGAGAGAAAAGGGCCCCCCUCCUUCGAUGAAGCCCUCGGAAGUGGCCUACGUGGACCCCGAGUACUUAAUUUCUCAGAGCUACACGGAGAAGAGCGAUGUCUACAGCUUCGGCGUCGUGCUUCUGGAGAUUUUGUGUGGAAGAAAGGCCUACGACAACGACUAUGUUCCGGCCAACAUCGUCGAGUGGGCGACUCCCUACAUCAGACAGGGAAAGAGUACACAAAUACUUGAUCGGAGCUUGGAGCUGCCGAAGAACGUAGAGCCUUUGAUUAGAGUAGCAGAGAUUGUGGAGCUCUGUGUGAGAUUUAAUCCGGAAGACAGACCAUCUAUGUCGGAUGUUGCGUCCUGGCUGGAGCUUGUGGGUCGGAGUUCCUCUUUGUAGUAUAGAUACUGAGCCCUUCUCUAGAGGAAGGAAAGAGAGAAUCGUUUACGUGUAUAACUAUUUGUAAUUUAUUAUCCCCCUCACUGUGUAGGAAGAGAGACUAAGAUACCGGAACUCUUUUUUCGAUCUAGGACACCUUUCCUUCUGCUCAAAUUCAGCAGAAAAGUGGGAGAGCAAGGCCGCUUUGUAAAGUGCCCGUCUUACAGACUGACGACUCCGAGAGGUUCCACCACGGCCCUUCCCACUUCCGGGCCCGAUCCUUGCGAGAAAGGUUCAGGGCGGAUCAUGGUUCAUGGUUUGAAGCCCGUGCGUGGUUCAUAGUUCUUAAUUCCUUACAUGUAGAGUGAUCAGCGGGUCAAACAUCGGUCGAUUGGAACGAGUAUAUAUUGUGACAAAUCACGCCACUAGUGAUGUAUAGUUUCAGUCGCCAGAUUUACGAGGUGUAGUGCGCACAGAGUGCUCAGUCCAGUGUACCUGUUGCCUCAUUACACAUUUUUGGGAAAGUUCGUUCUGUGUCAUCACCUUUUACUCAUCAAAAUUCGAGACCAUUCGGCGUUGGUCUCAGUGCGUUCAUUGAAAUGUGGCCGAUAAAUGUUUGAUGAAUGAAUGACGCGAAGGACAUUGGACAUUAGCAGUCACAGUGAGGUUUCACUUUUGCUUUCGCAUCAUUCGUAGCCUCGCAGG